AUGGCAGGCUACGUCGAGCGACCUCACACAUCCUCCGGCCAUUUGGACGGGCCAAACAAAGCCUUGGUGGAGUCUACUUCAAAUUGGAACUCUCAAAACACAAGCAUUCUGCAAGAAGUAAGUUCUCAGUUGCCUGCCACCAGCCAAGAAUAUGUUCUGCCUGAAGGGAAAAUCGUGCCAAAUACUAUUUUUGUGGGUGGACUAGAUACAAGGAUGGAUGAGACAAAAAUUUGGAACUUUUUUACACGCUAUGGUACAGUUAAAGAAGUGAAAAUAAUCACAGACAGAACUGGUGUAUCUAAAGGAUAUGGAUUUGUAUCAUUUCUGGACAACGUAGAUGUACAGAAAAUAGUAGAAUCACAAAUAAACUUUCAUGGGAAGAAACUCAAAUUGGGACCUGCAAUAAGGAAACACCCAAACGUAUGUGCCUAUCAUGUGCCACCCAGGCCAAUGCUUAUUAAUUCCCCUACACCUCAGUUCCAUAGUGUUUGGAGUAACCAAGAAACAUAUAUGCAGUCUCCAGCUGUGAUGAGUCCUGUCACACAAUAUGUUCAGGCAUAUUCUUAUGGUUCCCCAGCUUUAUUAAUUCAGCAACAGGUUCCUGUAGUGUUCCAGCCAACUUAUACUUACCAGGUUCCACCACAGUGGCCUCCUGGAGAACCAAGAAAUUACAUUUUGCCGGCAUAUACUACAGUGAAUUAUGGUAGUGAAAUGGAUGUAGGAAAUGACCAAGCAGAGCGUUCUAUGCCUGACACUGCACAGUCAUUUGUAAACAGUCCACAAAAGAACUCUGUGGAUCGCAGCAUACAGACAGUAGUAUCAUGUCUAUGUAAUCCAGACCACAGAUUGAGGAACAAUAUUGUAACUCAAGAGGACAAUCUUAAGGAGAAGAGAGCACAUCAUUUUAGAAGAAGCAGAGCUGUUCUUAAAACUGUUUGAUUCAACACUAGAGUUAGAAAAGCUGAAAUAUUCAUGUUUGUCAUUUGUAAAAAUAGAAAACCUUGCAGGUUAAUAUUGCUGACAAAACAUACUUGACAAUUAUGUAGCCCUACUGGCAAAAGUUAUUUGAAG